GCCCCUGCAUAACGGGCUGUCCCGCUCAGCUUGCCUGGUCCACAGUGCCGCUGCUUGAAACAGACAACCAGGGACGAAAUACGCCAGCAGUAAGGACUGUCACCGUCGCUAAACUAUCUAUCAACAUGAUCAUCAUAAUCGAAGAUAAGGAGGGCUUCGACAAGGCCCUGGAGGAGGCAGGAGAUCAGCUGGUGGUGGUGGACUUCACAGCCACGUGGUGCGGACCCUGUCAGAGCAUCGCUCCUUUCUUCAAGGGUCUGUCUGAGAAUUAUCAGAGUGUGGUCUUCCUGAAGGUUGACGUGGACGACGCACCGGAUGUGGCCAGUUUCUGUGACAUCAAGUGUAUGCCUACAUUCCACUUCUACAAGAACCAGAAAAAGGUGGAGGAGUUCUCAGGGUCCAAUCAGGCCAAACUGGAGGAGCUGGUCAACACUCACAAAUAAACACACACCUGUCUGUCUCCUCUCCUCUCUCUCACCUGUCUGUCUCCUCUCCUCUCUCUCACCUGUCUGUCUCCUCUCCUCUCUCUCACCUGUCUGAGGACAGUUGUCUCCUCUCCAACUCUCCUCUGUCUCAGUUCACCUGAGGACGCCCCAAAGCCUCCAUCCUCUCCUCAACUGAUUUGGCAGGAUGCCUGAAUGCCUUCCACCCAAUCCUCCCUUUCUCCUCCCCCCAUCUAAAUAGAAUAUGCCCUUCAGCUUCCUCUGUUUUCCCUCCCCCGUCUUCCUCUCUCUCCUCCCGUCUCCCUCCCUCUCUCCCCCCGUCUUCCUCUCUCUCCCCCCUGUCUCCCUCCCUCUCCCUCUCCCCCCUGUCUCCCUCCCUCUCCCUCUCCCCCCUGUCUCCCUCCCUCUCCCUCUCCCCCCUGUCUCCCUCCCUCUCCCUCUCCCCCCUGUCUCCCUCUCUCCCUCUCCCCCCUGUCUCCCUCCCUCUCUCUCUCCCCCCGUCUCCCUCCCCCUCUCUCUCUCCCCCCGUCUCCCUCCCUCUCCCUCUCUCCCCCCAGUCUCCCCGUCUCUCCCUCUCUCCCCCGUGUCUCCCUCUCUCCGUCUCCCUCUCUCCCCCGUGUCUCCCUCUCUCCGUCUCCCUCUCUCUCCCCCUGUCUCCCUCCCUCUCUCUCCCCCCCAGUCUCCCUCUCUCUCUCCCCCGUGUCUCCCUCUCUCCGUCUCCCUCUCUCCGUCUCUCUCUCCCCCCAGUCUCCCCGUCUCUCCCUCUCUCCCCCGUGUCUCCCUCUCUCCGUCUCUCUCUCUCCUACCCAGGAAUGGGUCAAUAAUGUAUAAUAAUAAACCAUUUGUAUUAAAA